AUGCAAAAUGAAGAGCGGAAAUUAAGUUUAUCACCCGGUGAACAACGUCAACGAUUAAAAAGUGGUAAAAGUCAAUCGUCAACACGAUCUCCGCCGCGUAUUGUUAUUCAGAAUGAUGACGAUGUUGAAAAUGAUACUAAUGAACGACAAAAAAGUUCGUCAACAAAAAAAAGUAAAGAAACAAUAAAACGUUCAGAGAGUGCAACAAGCAAUCGUUCAACGACAUCAUCUACACCACAACAACGUCGUCGAUCAGUAAAAACGCCAACAUCAAGAAGUAAAUCUCAUUCACCAUUGCAAAAACCAGAUAGACAAAAGGUAAAAUCAUCAUCUUCACGAACAUCAGCCAAAUCAAUAAAAAGAAAGAAAAGUUCGAGUAUAGAAAACAACGUUCUAAAACAAGAUGAUACAGAUCCAAAAGAUCCAUAUACAAAAAAUUUGAGUGGAAAGGGACUAUCAGUUCUCUCAUCAGAGACUUUAGAAGCUACUUCUUUACGUCGUUUAAUAUUGUCAAGCAACAAUUUAGCCUGUUUACCUCCCAAUAUUUGCGAUUUAAUCAAUUUAGAAUAUUUAGAUUUUUCUCGAAAUCCAUUACGUGUAAAAAAUGGUGUUGACGAUUAUACAUGUUUACCAAAAGAAUUUCGAUAUUUAAAAAAGUUAAAAACUCUUAUUUUAGCUGAAUGUAAUUUAAAACAUAUUCCUCCUGUAGUAUGGCUGACUAUUAGCAUAGAAAAUUUAGAUUUAAGUCGUAAUAAAGUCGGUUUCAUUGUUGGAGAACUUGGUAAUUUAACUGAACUUCGUCAUUUACGAUUAGCACAAAUGGAUUUGACCACAUUGCCACCAGAAAUUGGAUUUUGUGAUAAAAUUUUAAGAAUUGAUUUAACAGGAAAUCCAAUUGAUAAUAUUCCUGAAACAUUGGUAGAAUGUCGACAAAUGUAUGAAUUUAAAAUUAAUUUUAAAACAUUUCAUAAAUUAUUAGAUAAUUAUAUGGAAUCAUUAAUUACAGAUGGAAAAAUUCGUUCAGAACAUAUUCCACCAGUUAUAUUUGAAUUAGAAAAUUUACAAUAUUUAGAUUUAGAUAAUACAAAAUUAAAUUUUAUACAAUCUGAACAUACCCUAUACGCUUUACAAGAAUUAUAUUUAACAAAUAAUUAUUUUUAUGAUAUUCCUGAAGCAUUAACAACAAUGAGUCAAUUAAAACUUUUAAAUAUGAAUAAUAAUCGUAUUGGAAAAAUACCUGAUUAUAUUAUUAAAAUAAAAAAUCUUGAAAUAUUAUCAUUAGCAAAUAAUUAUUUAACAUGUUUAACAGGAAAUUUGGCACAAUUAGAAAAUUUAAAAAAAAUAAUUGUUAAAAAAAAUCAAAUAACAAAAAUUGAAGUAACACUUAAUGAAAGUAAAUCAUUAUUAGUUCUUGAUGUAUCAUAUAAUCAAUUAACUGAUAUACCAGAUCAAUUAUGUUCAAUAGAACAAUUAGAAACAUUUGAUAUUAGAUAUAAUCAAUUAGAAACAUUACCAUUAUGUAUUAGACAAAUGAAAUCUCUUCAAUCAAUGCAUACAUUUAAUGAUCGUUUUCAACGAACAGGAUUACAUUUAUUAGGUAAUAAUAUUAUUGAACCACCAAAACAAUAUUGGAAAUCAACAGAUAUUCAACGAUUAUAUAAUUAUACAGAUAAUAAAAAAAAAUUAAUAUCAAAAUAUUAUUAUCAUAUGAAAUUAAUUAUUAUUGGAACAAAAAAUGUUGGAAAAAGUCGAUUAAUUCAAUCAUUAAUUAAUAAUAAAACAUUAUUAAUAAGUACAAAUCAAACAAUUGAUAAUAAUGAACCACAAUAUGAACAUGAUCAACAACAAAAAUAUGAAAAAUUUGUUAUUAAAAGUGAAAUAUCAUCAUCUAUAACAGAUCAAUGGAUUGAUCAACAAAUUAUUGCACCACCUAUUGAAAAACAAGAAAAGCAACGACGAACAUUACCACCAUUAAGAAGUUAUAAAUCAAAUAGAAAACAAACAUUUUUACAUAAAUAUACAACAAUAACAAAAAAUAAUUGUUAUUUAACAAUAUUUGAUAUUCAAAGUGAACCAAUAUAUGAAAUUAUUUAUCCUCUUAUCUACGAUUCUAAAGCAUUUUAUCUAAUACCAAUUAAUUUAACUAUUCUACUUAAUAUUCUUUCAGCAGCAGUUGAUUUAGAUAAUAAAUCACUAAAUGAUUCAACAGAUCCUGAUAUUAUUCAAGAUUUAAAUGAAACUUAUUUCGAUACAUUAAUAACAAAUGACUGGUUAAAAAACAAUAUAACUCGUUAUAUUGAAUCAAUUUCAAAUCAUUGUGGUCAAAUUCAUUUAGCUAUUAUUGGUCUCAUUUAUGAAACUACUACUACUACUUAUAAUAAAGAACAAGUUAAACGUUUAUUUGAUAGUGUACAAAACAAAACAGAGAUGUAUUUAUUAGAACAUUAUGAUGAUAGUCAAAAUAUGGUUGAAUUUUAUUCAAAUUAUUUUCAACCAAUAUAUUUUAAUGAUAGUCCAUCAAUAACAAAUGAUUUAAUUAUUCAACUAGAAAUAAUUGCUAAAAAAUGGAAUAAUAUACAUGAAAAGAAUAAACGUUUAAAUUUUAAACGAAAAUUAAAUAUUUUUAAUCAAAAAAAUAUAAUAAUAGAUUAUAAUCAUUGUCGAAAAAAAUUUGAUAAUAAAUAUAUUCAAGUUGUUGAUAAUAAAACUUCAUUUGAUGAAGAUGAACAAAGUUCAGAAGAUAUUGACAAAGAAAAUGACGAAGAAAAUGAAUCAGAUCCUAUUGAAUUUGAUUCAUGUUUAGAAUUUUUAAGAUUAACGGGUGAUAUUGUAUGGAUUGAUAAACAAAAAACAAUUGAGAAAUUUUAUCAUUAUAAAACCACAUCUUCUAUUCAAUAUAAUAACAUCUUUCUUACGUUCUAA